GGUCCCCACAGCCGCCGGUGGCCCGCGUCCGGGCGAUGGCUCUGCGUCUCGUUGCCGACUUCGAUCUCCAGAGGGACGUGCUCCCGGGGCUGCUGGCGCAGCGGGCGGCGCCGGCUGUCGCUGGGGCCCCAGGCGGCGGCGCAGAUAUUUUAGAAAAUUAUGACAGCUUACGUGUACUAAAUUUUGAAAGAAAUGGAAAUAUUAUUUAUACCUAUAAGGAUGAUAAGGGAAGUGUCUUCUUUGGAUUAUAUGAUUGCCAAACCAGACAAAAUGAGCAUCUCUAUACCUUUGAGACAGACUUACAAGUUAUCAGUUGCUCCAUCAACAGUGAGAGAACUUUGCUUGCUGUAAGUUUAGUUCAAACUACUAAAGAAGGAAGAAGGAAUGAGCUUCAACCAGGGUCAAAGUGUUUAACUUUGUUAGUGGAAAUCCAUCCCAUUAACAAUGUGAAGGUUCUAAAAGCAGUGGAUAGCAAUAUUUGGGUACAGUUCCUCUACCCACGUGUUGAAAGUCACCCUCUUUCAGAGAACCAUCUGUUACUGAUUUCAGAAGAGAAAUACAUUGAACAAUUUCAUAUCCAAGUCAUCCAAGAAGAUGGAAAUAAAGUGGUGAUUAAAAAUUCUGGCCAUCUCCCAAGAGACAGAGUAGCUGAGGAUUUUGUCUGGGCUCAGUGGGAUAUGUUAGAGCAGAGACUAUACUACAUUGACCUGAAGAAAUCAAGGAGUAUCUUAAAAUGCAUCCAGUUUAAUGCUGAUGAGAGCUUUACUCUAAUGUUUGCAGCACCCUUGGACAUAUCAUUAAAUGACUCAGGAUUUAAGCUUGUGAACUUUGGAUGUGAUUAUCUUCAAGACCAAGAGGAAUUAUCCAAACACCUGAGUCUGUGUGUUUUUACCAACAAAACAGGAAGCUUGUGUGUAUGCUACAGCCCGAAGUUUGACUCUUGGGAACAAAUCACAUACUCAGUGUUUUACUUUCAUAAAGGGCACAGCAAAACCUUCACCGCUGCUCUUGGGAGUGGUGACUCACAUGUGACAAAGGGCGUUACUUUUCUCAACCUUGACUAUUUCGUGGCUGUUUACUUACCUGGUCAUUUCUUCCAUCUACUUAACAUACAACAUCCAGACUUGAUCUGCCACAGUCUGUUUCUGACAGGAAAAAAUGAAAUGAUUGAUAUGCUACCUCAUAGUCCUUUACAGUCACUGUCAGGGUCCCUGGUACUGGACUGGAGUUCUGGAAAGCUCUAUAGAGCACUCCUCAACCAGUCAUAUUUGUUACAGUUCCUGUGGAACACACCCCUGGACUGUGAGAGGAUGGCCGUGCUGCAUUGUGUGCUUUCCUGCAGCAGAGAAUCACGGUUCCUGGAAGCCCAGAUUAUUCAGUGGAUUUCUGAGAACAUCUCUGCCUGCCGUUCAUUUGACCUCAUUCAGGAAUUUAUAAUUGCUUCUUCAUACUGGAGCAUAUAUCCAGAGACAAGUAAUAUAGAUAAACUUUUGCCAUAUUCCUCAGUGCACACCUGGAAUACAGAAAUUCCUGGAAUAACCCUUGUGACAGAAGAGAUCGCAUUGCCUCUUAUGAAGGUGCACAGGUUUAAGGGCUACUGGGAAAAACUGAACUACAACCUGGAAUAUGUUAAGUACACUAAACCACACUUCCACUAUAACAACAGCGUGAUCAGGAGAGAGUGGAACAAUCUGAUCUCGGAAGAGAAAACAGGAAAAAGAAGGUCCGCGGCAUAUGUGAGGAAUAUUCUCGAUAAUGCAAUCAAGGUGAUUUCUAACCUAGAAGCAAGGAGUUUCGAGCCAAGUUUAACGCCCCUCUUCCAGGAGGAAGACAACCCCCAGAGGCUGCUUAUAGGGCUGAUGGUGUCUGAACUAAGAGACCACCUUUUGAGACACCUACAAGGUGUAGAAAAAAAGAAAAUCGAACAGAUGGUUCUGGAUUACAUUUCAAAACAGCUGGAUCUCAUCUGCUGCAUACUGGAAGCCAGUUGGAGGAAACAUAAUCUUCAUCCCUGGGUUCUACACUUUGAUAGGCAUGGCAGUGGUGCUGAGUUUUCAGUCUUUCACCUCAUGACCAGGAUUUUGGAAGCCACCCACAGUUUGUUUUUACCUCUGCCUCCUGGUUUUCACACUCUGCACACAGUCCUUGGUGUCCACUGCCUCCCUUUGCAUAACCUGCUGCAUUACAUUGAUAAUGGAGUAUUGCUUCUCACAGAAACAGCUGUCACAAGGCUCAUGAAAGAUCUGGACAAUACAGAGAGGAAUGAAAAACUAAAAUUUAGCAUCAUCGUGCGGCUUCCUCCGCUUAUUGGUCAGAAGAUCAGUCGACUUUGGGAUCAUCCUAUGAGUUCCAGUAUUAUUUCACAGAAUCAUGUAAAGCAAUUGCUUCAGAACUAUAAGAAACAGCCUCGGAAUUCUAUGAUUGACAAGUCAUCAUUCAGUGUAGAAUUUCUGCCUCUGAACUACUUCAUUGACAUACUGACAGAUAUUGAGUCCUCCAAUCAAGCUCUGUAUGCUUUUGAAGGACAUGACAAUGUGGAUGCAAAAUUUGUAGGGGAAGCAGCUCUGAAACACACAACAAUGCUUUUAGGCUUAUAAAAGAGCAAAUGCAGUUAAAUUAGCUUCCAAUAUUGUAAUCUUGCUUUAGCAAUAUUUAAAAUCAUUGAUAAAAAUCAGAAUAUAUCCUUGAGCCACCUGAACACCUGUUUAGAUAGAGCUAAACUGCUGUACCUCACCUCAGUGUUGAAUAUCAGGUGAACAGUCAAGUGUAGAGAAAUGAUGAACAGUCCAAAGAGGCAAAACAAAAACAAACAAACACAAACAUUGCUGUUGAGUCGAUUCUGACUCAUAAUGACUCUAUAGGACAGAGUAGAACUGCCCCAUAUGGUUUCCAAGGAGUGGCUGGUAGACUCCAAUUGCCAACCUUUUGGUUAGCAAACCACUGUGCCAAAAGAGGCAUAAAAUGGCAUAAAUGAUGCUCUUCUGGGAAUUAUUUUUCUAGCAGCCUAAUAGGCCCCAAACUAGUCUCUUUGUACUCUGAAAUAAAACAUGCUAUAAACAUGUAGGAAACAGUCCUUAGGAAAGCAAAAACUAGAUGUGUCUUUGUAAAUAACAAAAGAAGAAAAAUUAAAUGUUACCUAAAAACUCUAUUUGGACAGAGGAGACUUUCUGAAAAUGGAAUUUGGGCUAAAUGAAAUCUUCUAUCUCCAGUAUAGAAUAAUUUGUAACAUAUAUUAGUUUGUACAUACAGUAUUUGGAGUACAAUAUGUUUUUGUGAUGGUUCAGAUGGAACUGUGUUUAAUUUUUUUAAGGUUUUCUUUUUUUAUAUAUUUAUAAAAGUUUGAUUUAGUAAUGUCUUGUCAUUAAAAAAAAAAUUUUUUUUUGUCAUUAAAAGAAAAGAAAGAAAAAAAUAAAACACUGAAGGUUUUAGCCUGACUCUUCCUGUUCUUUGAACAUAGAUAGCACUUUUAUUCUAGCUAGGAAUCAAGAGUUCAUUAGCAUAUUCCCUGCAAUGGCCCCAUGACACCUAAUUUUCUUUUUGUUUUCACUCUUGUACAGUGACUUCAUUCUGAACCAUAAAUACAGUUGCUGCCCCGGGGUCAGCCCCUAAUCCCUUGUUUUUCUCUUGUCACACUAUUUCCCUCAGUGAACUUGUGAAAUUUUAAUGAUUGUAAAUAUAAUGAUUAUAAAUAUUAGCCGGUAUAAUUCAACUUCUUUUCUAAAAUCACCAUGUUCUAGAAAUUAUCUACUUUUAUAGAAUUACCAUUUUUGGUUAAAUACUUCAUGGUCACUGAAGGUCAAAAUCUUGAAGCCAAAUCAGCAAGGCAAUGACGAUUCUUUCCCUUAAUACUUCCUAAAAUGCUCCUUACUUUUAAGUAAGUUCUUAUUGCAAUUGGCGAACAAUAUUGGGGAAGCCUGGGCUGCCAGAAAACAAACAAUUCUGCCUUGGAAAAAGUACAGGCAGAAUGCUCCUUACAAGCCAAGAUGCUGAGACUUGGUCUGAUGUACUUUGGACAUGUUAUCAUGAGGGACCAGUCCCUGGAAAAGGACAUCUUGCUUGGUAAAGCUAGAGGGUCAGUGAAAAAGAGGAAGACCCUCAACAGGAUGGAUUGACACAGUGGCUGCAAUGAUGAGAUCAAACAUAGCAAGGAUUGUACAUGGGAUGGCUAUAAUUUGGAACUGACUUAACAUAACAACAACAACCAGUAGAUUUGAGUCGAUUCCAUGAGUGACAGAGUAGACACUGUGUUCCGUAAGGUUUUCACAGGCUGAUUUUUUGGAAGGAGGUCACUAGACCUUUCUUUUGAUGCGUCUUUAGGAGGAAUUGACCCUCCAACCUUUCCGAGUGGUUAACCUUUCCAAGUGGGUUAACCAUUUGCACCACCCAAAAAAACCCACUGCUGUACAGUACUCUCAAAUAAUUCCUUUAUAAUGACCUCAUGAAGCAAUCAGGUUAGAUUCAGGACUCAUAUCUGAGAAGGAGAUUAAAUUUCUCUCCUAUCUGGAAGGAUGAGAGCUUGGAAUAGAUCUUGUUUGAUUUAGCAAAAUAAAGGAAUGUGAUAUUUUUUCACUCCCAGAGUUGUGAAAUAAAAUUAAUCACUACUACCAGUAUGAAAUAAAGAUAGCGUCAGAAUAUUAAAAAAAAAAAAAAUUAGUGAAUAUAAAA